AUGGAGCCGCCUCAAGAGGUCGUGGAGUUUGUUCUGGACGCCCGCUAUGGCGAUGAUGAGGCAGUCCAGGAAGCACUGAAGGCUGGUGUGGAGGUGAAUGGUCAAAGCCAUGGGGGCUCCACGGCACUUCUUAUGGCCAGCGCCAAUGGGCACCUGGAGAUCGUGCGUUGUCUGCUGGAAGCAAGGGCCUCAGCCGACUUGGCCAAUGAUGCUGGCAACUGCCCACUGCACUGGGCCUCCUUGAAUGGUCAUCUCGAAGUGGUGAAGGCCCUGGUUGCCACUAAAGCCAAUCCCAACGUUUGCAAUGAGUUCGGGAAGAGGCCUUUCGAUGAAGCUUUCAGCAAGAGCUACUCUGAGAUUUGCGAGGCUUUGGCUUCGGUGACCCAGUUCGAGGAGCCGGAGGCCAAUGACAAGGAGGAAGAAGUGCAGCAGGAGAGCCCCGUGAUCGUGAGCAUUGGCAACCCGGUCUUGGAAAUCACGGCCAAAGUUCCACAGGAGACCCUGGACAAAUAUGGUUUGCAGCACGGGGAGGCACUAUCUGGAGACGAGCAGAAGGACAUGAAGCACGACCAACUUUUGCAGGAACUGGAGAAGAUGGAGCAGGCCAAAUAUGUGGCGGGUGGAGCCACACAAAACUCGAUCCGGGUGGCUCAGUGGAUGCUGCAGGAGGCGAAGAUGACUGCGGACCUCGGCUGCGUGGGAGACGAUGCUUAUGGUCGCCGCCUCACUGAGGUAUGUCAGCAAGAGGGUGUGGUCACCAGGUACAUGGUCGAUCCAGCUCGCACCAGCACUUGUGCAGUGGCCAUUGUGGACAAGAAGCGAACGUCUGUGGCCCGGCCUGGAGCCCAUGAGCACUACAAGGUGAGUCAUUUGAAGGAGCCAGAGAACUUCAAUCUUUUGAAGUCUGCCAAAAUUGUCUACUGUUCUGGUUCUCUUCUCCCCGUCUCCGUCGAGUCCGUGGAGCUGGCCUCGAAGGUCACUGAGAUGAGCAAGAGCACCUACUGCCUCAACUUAGCACUCGUCCAAAUGCCCAGCCAUAGGGCUGUGUUGGAAAAAGCGCUGCCCUACUGUGACGUUCUGUUUGGCAAUCAGACAGAAGCGAGAGCCUAUGCUGAAGCAGCCGGCUGGGAGACGCAAGACGUGGACUUCAUAGCGACCCGUUUGUCCUUGGUGCCCAUGGCCACCAAGCCGCCACGCCAAGUCGUGAUCACUCAAGGUGCCGAGCCCAUCGUGGUGGCCGUGCGCGGUGUGAUCUCGCGGCAUGAGGUGGUCCCGCUGUCCGAAGAGCAGAUUGUGGACAGCUAUGGUGCCGGGGACGCCUUCGUGGGCGGCUUCUUGGCAGCGAUGGCACGGAAGCAUUCCAUCGCUGCAUGUUGCCAGGCUGGCAGCUAUGCAGCUGCCACAGUGAUGCAGCAUUGGGGCUGCACAUUUCCAGCCAAACCGGAAUAUUGCCUUUGA